AUGAAUGUUUCUCUUAUAACGAGAAAUCUGUGUAAGAUGCGUUCACUGAAAAUCUCGCUAUACGUCAGUUGGGCGAUAGCGUGCUAUUCAGCGAUUGUAUCAGCCAGCCAGCUCUCCCCAACCGAUGUUUUAGUGCCAGCAACAACUACUGUGACAAGUACUUGGUCCGCUACAAGUUUCCUGACCAGUACCGUGUCGGCUAAGGACACGGACACGGUAUAUACCGUGGUUAUUUAUGGCCCAUCAGUGUCGUCCACUACUACCACCUCAUCUUACACAGGAACAUCUACUUCGUACGACACCAUUGCUGAAAACCCAACCGGUGUUACAGUCAUCGAGUAUGAUCCUAUACCACGCACCACCGUCACCAGGGGAUGGUAUUACGGAACUACGGAAACAACUGUUUUCAACUGCGGCGACAUUGAAGAUACUGGCGCCAGCGCCAUGCCCAUUCGUAAGAGAGACAAUCCUUACACUCAAAAUUGUGAUCCAAUGAACACAGUCACAACUAUGAUCACUGAAGUUGUCCAUGUUCCUAUUGUCACCUCGACCAUUCAAGUUCCUUACCCUGGUGAGACAACUAGCACCUUGUACAGCUGGGAGGACGGAGCUGUGACUGAAACCGACUUUGUAUACGUUCCGAAUGCCGUCUGUGGAACAUCUGGAGCGGCAUGCGGUACUUCUGGCGCUGAGGCAGUCGUUAAUGUGGUCUUUGAUGCAGUCUUUGAUCCAGUCGUUGGUUCACAGACUGCGUGCUGUCAAAUUGGCUUAAGAUGCGCAACCGAAUCUGCUGAUAUUGUCUGUGUUCCUGCGACCAGCGAGCUAACAUAUUAUUGGACUAGUACAGAAACCCUGACUACUACCUACACCACUUACAUUAAUGGCUUGCCAUCCGUAGUGGUUGAAGUGGGCCAGCCCAUAGUAACACAAACUGUGACUACCUCGGGGGAUGUCGAUUACACUGCGACCUUGACUACUAUCACUGGUAACAGUACGGUGGGAACUGCUACUGUUAUCGUUGAAGUUCCAUAUUCUAAGGAGUACUACAACUCAACUUUUGUGACAGAUUGGACCGGUACCUUUACUUCCACUUACGCCACAUCGACUACAACGAUCAAGGGUUCGAACGGUGUUGAUACUGUGAGCACAAUUUAUUAUGUGGAAACACCACAAGCCCAUGGUGUUUCUACGACAUACAGCCCAUGGAGCGGCACGUUCAUCUCUACUUACGCUACUGCCACGUCGACAGUUAAAGGCUCUGAUGGCAUUGAUACUGUCAGUACCAUCUACUACGUUGAGACACCACAAGUCAAUGGCGUUUCUACCAUUUACACGCCAUGGAACGGUCCUUUCACCUCUACUUACGCUACUGCCACGACAACUGUUAAAGGUUCUGAUGGCAUUGAUACUGUCAGCACCAUCUAUUACGUUGAGACUCCUCAGAGCCGCGGUGUAUCUACCAUCUACAGUCCAUGGAGUGGUACCGUCACCUCCACUUAUGCUACAGCUAUGACUACCGUCCAGGGUGCAAAUGGUCUUGACACUGUCAACACUAUCUACUACGUGCAAACCCCCAAUAGUGGCUACUACGGGAACUUGACAGCCGCUUCAUUAGCUCCUAUAACCCAGAGCAGUGGAUCGACUAGCACUCAAUCAACCUCUGUUACCGACGCUAGCAGAUCUAGUACUCCAGAAAGUGGAUCGACUAGCAUUCAAGCAACCUCUGUUACCGAAGCUAGCAGAUCUAGUGCUCCAGUAAGUCAACUAACACAACAAAUAACUUCCAGUGUCUCUAGAAAUUCUGCGUCAUCUUUCGCAUCAAAUGACGCAUCUUCUGGACCCUCUUCCACGUCAAAUAAACCAUCUUCAACACUGUCUGACAAGCCAAGUGGUUUCGCAUCUGGCCAGCCUAUCGUUUCGAGCGCUGAAUCUGUUAAAUCUUCAAGUCAUGUCUCGAGGUCAAAUGACUACAGUGAAAGUACCAUUUCUUUCUCUACAAAUCGGACGCCAUCUAACGUUUCGAGCACUGAAUCUGUUAAAUCUUCAAGUGCUGUCUCGAGAUCAAAUGACUAUAGUGGAGGUACUAUUUCUUUCUCUACAAAUCGAACGCCAUCUAACUCAGGAGAGCCAGCAACUCCGGUCUCCGUUUUAUCAUCAGCCACUUCUAACAAGGGAAUCUCUCGGUCGGUGGUGACUACCAUUGAUUCAGAUACAGUCACAUCCUACCCUACCACGUGUGCUGUAACUGAUAGCCAAACUCAAGUCGGAUUACAAACUUCCAACCAAGUUACUCAGUUAGUUGUUACCACCACGGUGAGCGGUGUUGUUACAUCAUACAUCACCACCUGCCCUAUUGGCGGAUAUCACAAGGAAACAUUGUCAGAAGUGAUCCAAACUCAAACACCGGCCGCUACUCUUGUACCUGGCAAUCACACCACCUCGCAAGGCUCUGCCAGCGGGGCUGACACAUCCAUCGCGCAAUCGACUGGCGCUAGGGCACCGCCAAAGCUGCCAACCGGCUCUGGGGAACAUGCACAAAAUUCAUCCGCCCGCCAAUCCCCAAGCAACAUUGCUGCAAGCUCGGGCUCUUUCAAUAAUGCUGCCACGAGCACUGUCCCAGCUGAGACUGGAUCUGCAGCGACUCAGUCAUUGAGAGCGACCAGCAACGGCGAGGUCUCUGGAGCGCCAGCGGCCACAGGCAGUGGUGCCAAUAUCAGUCAAGUUCCAGCAGUUGUCAGCCCAACCGUUCUUUCGGGAUCAAACGGCAGUGGUCAGACUACGGGCGCCAUGCCUUCGGCCUCCAUAAGCCCUGUUCAUGUCUCUACGACUUCAGAUAUCCAUCUUUCGACCUACGCAGGUUCCGCUGCCAAACUGAGAGCUGCUUUCAUGCUGCUCCUACCUCUGGCCGUAGUGUGA